UUUGACACGAGUAGCAGACUUUCUUCCAGUAGCUACAUAACUUGGUGUGGUCCAAAUCUGUCACUUGCGGAUGAGAUCAUUCCAUGUCUGUACAGAAAUCCUUGCUUUGUGCGGGCGGACCACGCCCCGGCCCCGGUGUACGGUGCACCAGGCUAGUUUAGCACACAGCCGCUACAUCCGGGCUUUUAGCUCGGUUUAUAUGCCCUGUGAAGAUGGCGACUUCAGGGAGGAGUGCUUUAUUAUCCUCCAAUUCAACUGGACCUAAGAGCACACUGGAGAACUCCAACCCAGAGGAAGAUGACGGACAGAAUUUAUGGUCCACCAUCCUGAGUGAAGUAUCAACCCAUUCAAGAUCAAAGCUACCGUCCGGGAGAAAUGUCUUGGUCAUGGGUGAGGUGGGCUCGGGGAAGACCACCUUGGUUGCAAAGCUACAGGGGGUCGAAGAGUACAUGAAAGGUCGCGGCCUGGAAUACCUUUACUUCAGUGUCCAUGACGACGACAUUGAUGAUCACACUAGGUGUAAUGCCUGGGUGUUAGAUGGAGACCUUUACCACAAAGGUCUGCAGGGAGUAGCUGUACCAGUGGACUCGAUUGGCAACACAUUGCUGCUGAUAACGGUUGACAUGUCGCGGCCGUGGAACGCCCUGGACUCCCUCCAGAAGUGGGCUGCUGUCGCUAGGGAACACAUCGACAAACUCCGGGUCGCCCCUGAAAUGCUGCGGGAGCUAGAACAAAAACUUGUAAAACAGUUCCAGGAGUACACAGAGCCAGGCAGUGGGGAGGAUGGCACCCCACAGAGGAGGAGUGACGAGGAAGAGAGCGUGCUGCUGCCAUUAGGAGACAACACACUCACGCACAACCUGGGCAUACCGGUGGUGGUUGUUUGCACCAAGUGUGACGCAAUCAGCACACUGGAGAAGGAGCACGACUACAGAGAUGAACACCUGGACUUCAUCCAGUCCCACAUCAGACAUUUCUGUCUGCAGUAUGGGGCGUCACUGGUUUACACAUCAGUGAAGGAGAUGAAGAACCUGGACAUCCUGUACAAAUAUCUAGUCCACAGACUCUAUGGCUUUCCCUUUCACUGCCCUGCACAAGUGGUGGAAAGAGAUGCCGUCUUCAUUCCAUCAGGGUGGGACAACGAGAAAAAGAUUGCUAUAUUACACGAGAACUUCCAGACGGUAAAAGCAGAUGACGGCUUUGAGGAUGUAAUAGUCAAACCUCCAGUCAGAAAGGACACCACUAGCAGAGCACCCACCGGCUCCCCCAGGACGAGCAAUCGCUCUGCUGCAGCCAACGUAGCAAACGCCAUGCCACAGUCGGGUCAGACCAGUGAGGGUGUGUUGGCCAACUUCUUCAACAGUCUACUGACGAAGAAGGCAGGGACAGGGGGCCCCGGGACACCAGGUGGUGGGAACAGCACUCCAGGAACUGUACGAAAGUCAGGUUCCAAGCUGGGCCUGAGUGAUGUACAGGCGGAGCUGGACCGCAUAUCCAACCGGGAGACUGACUCAGACCUGCCCAAUGUCAACGAGACCCCUGCCACCGAUGGUCAGGACACAUGAAGGCCAACACUCUUGACCCUUGCUCUCCUCCUCUCUCCUCCUUCACACUUCACUCAACCCACCAUCUCCCUUGACCUUCCUCUCUCCGCUCUGACCCCUCCACCUCAUCACAAAGAUGUGGGACGAAAGAGGGGCAUAGGAGAAAAGCAGGGGUGGACGCACAGAUUGUCUGUUCCUCUCUUUCUCUCCCCUCAGGGAGAAGAAUUUGCCCUCUCUUCCCCUGCACUUUCUUCCACAUCUUAUUCUCCUUCCCCCUCCUCCCUCUUCUUUGCCUGGCUGUUAAUGCUGAGGGCGAGUAUUUGUCACUGUCACAUACAAGAUUGUCUGCUAAAUGAGAGUAAAUGGCUAUGGGGAACCAAUGAGGGUGCGAAGGUUGGGAUGAGAAGAGGUGGGUUAAAAAAAGAUGGAUUGCAAGGAUGAAAGUGAGGGUGUUUUAUCCAUCCAUUUAUUGUGAUGGUACAGUUAUUGUUUUUACUUUAGGAACUACUGAAGGGUGCAAGAAACUGCACUUAGGUAUUAUAGGGAUGAUUGUAUGUUUUAAUGUUGGUGGGGUAAGUCAAGCUUGCCCAGAGGAACAGAAUGAGAACAAAAAAAUGUCUGAAACAAAUUUGCAAACAGUUUUGUUUUUGUUUUUUUAAUGAAGGGACAAACCUACCAGUAUUCCUAUGAGUUUAGGAGGAUGUGUGAGUGACACAGAGAAAAUGAAGGAAGUUACUUCAACCUAGACUUGUUUGUCAAAACAUUUUUGGCUCUUUGCAUUUCAACCAAGACACAAGGAAAAAGCAUUACUAUGCUCUUACACUACAAGCUCUAAAAACUUUGCAUACACUAUUAUUAUAGCAGUCCUGUCUGCUAAACUACACAAACCAGACCUGACAAAAAAAGAUACUACACUCAUGUACUAUUCCUAUUUUGAAAGCACCUAAGGUCCAUCAUGGAGCCCAGUUCUACAACUGGCCAAGCUUCUCCUUGUGGUACAUACUAUUCAAACCUGUAGAUAAGACUGGGCACAGAAAAGGAAGGGUGGUAGAGGGUGGGCGAGUAGCUGAGCUUUACUUGUACAGAAAGAAGCACUAGUGCUUCAGUUCCAUAGUUACUGCAGGCUGGGUGGGCAAGGGAACAUGGGAGAGUCAAAUCAAGAAUGUACAGUCAUUGUCUUGCUGAUUGGUCCUGUUAUUUCAGAGCUCUGUGUUGGCGUUUGUAUAAUCAGUCAAAUAAAAGGUGUAUUUAUUCGGAUUCAUCCA